AUGGCUACCCCGGCACCACAAGGCGCUGAUGCCUCGACCUCCGCUGCCGCCGACACCCCCAAAGCGCAGGACGGCGUCGAGAUGAGCACGCUGCAAUCGCCUUCCGCGCCCUCCGCCGAAGCAGACGCCCAACCAGCACAGCAAACACCACAUCCACAGCCCACCUCCGAGACACACGACACCACCGCCGGCGCCGAGCAACUCCAACCAACACCCUCCCUCCAACCACCCCUCGCCCGCUCCCAAACCGAAGCCCUCGGCCCCGCCACCGAAUCCCCCAUCGCCGCUCCCCCAGCCGACCGUGGCCCCACGCUCAGCAUCACCCUCAUGCUCACGAGCGGCGCGCGACAUCCGUACAAAAUCGACGAAAAGUACCUGCGCAACCGCAAAGUCGAGAUCCCGAGCAGUGGGAGCUUCGAUCCGCGGGAUAUCAGCGGGUACAAGUUGAAGGAGCUGAUUUGGACGGAUUGGCGGACGGAGUGGGAGCCGAGGCCGGCGAGCCCGAGUUCGAUACGGUUGAUUAUUCUGGGGAGGUUUGUGGAGGACAAGAGUGCGCUGAAAGACUUCCCCUUCAAACUCGACCAAACCAACGUCCUCCACAUGACCAUCAAACCCGCCGACUUCCUCGACGACGAAGAGACCGCGGGCAAAGGCACAGGCAAAGGCCACUCGAUACGAGGACGGGACGACGGCGAGGGAGGGGCGGGGUGUCGGUGCGUGAUAUUAUGA